AAUAAACACUGAUUGCAUUUUUCUUCAUUUCAUGCUACCAUUGUCUUUCCAGGGAGCAACAAUUGUGGACCAAAUUAUGAACAUAACCCCUGCUGAAGAUUACAUCUACAUCCCUGUUACUGAACAACAACUUAUGGUCCAUGAGGUGACAAGUAGAAGUUCAACUUCUACUGCAGAAUUGGAGUACUCCUCAGAGGCCAAUGUCAGUCCCAAUAGCCGUGUCUAUGUGAGCAAGGCCCAUGAUGUCAUGACAAAUGUGAUUGCAAAGGGUUCAGCAAUGAGACAAGACGCAGUGAACAAGGCUAAAGCAUUUGAUGAGAAGCAUCAAUUUAGGGCUAAUGCAUCAGCGAGGAUCAAUUCCUUCGAUAAACGUGUUGGCCUUUCGGAGAAGAUAAACAAUGGGAUAUCCAUUGUCAAUGAAAGGGUGAAAUCAGUAGACCAAAUAUUGCAUGUUUCUCAUAAAACAAUGGCUGCAUUGCUGGCUGCAGAGCGCAAGCUAAAUGAUACAGGCUCUGCUGUGAAAACCAACAGGUAUGUGUCUGCUGGAACAAGCUCGCUGAAUGGUGCUUUUAGCAAGGUCGCCAAGGCUGGUCAUGUUGCUGGCUCAAGAACCAGAGAAAAGUUCCAGUUGGCUAUGUCAAAUCUAACAGCCAAAGGCCCUGCUGUUGUUGCCUGAGGGGGAUGCUGGUUAAGGAAGCUCUCUUUCUGAGGAAAAUCUAUUGGAAGUCCCUGUGCAAAAGCAUUUCCUUUGAUUGUGUGGACAGUGUGGAAAAUAACUGUGUUUCAGUGUUAUCUUGUCCGCCUUUCCUUAGUUGCAGGCUAUUCGGUGAUUCUUUUGAGGUUUGGUGUAUAGAUGCGUUCAGUUUUUGGUAUUUUAGAACCCCAUUCUUUUAGUGUUGAAGUUAAA